UUCCCAGCAGUCGCUUUGCGUUUUUUGGAUAUAGUUGUCGUAGUUAAAAAUAAUCUCGAGUUUCUCAAAGAGGCUGUGUUGGGCUCAGUCUUGCCACGACUAAGUAAUGAAUUGUCAAGAGAAGGUCUAUCAUGGAGGGAGUUCUCUAUAAAUGGACAAACUAUAUUAGCGGUUGGCAGCCUCGUUGGUUUGUUCUUGAGGGAGGCACUCUUUCCUACUAUGACUCUCAAGAAGAUGCAUGGAAAGGAUGCAAGGGCAGCAUCAAAAUAUCUGUGUGUGAAAUACAGGUUCACCCAUCGGAUUUCACUAGGGUUGAUCUGAUCAUUCCAGGAGAACAAUACUUUUAUCUCAGGGCAAUUAAUGCAGCAGAGAGGCAGAAAUGGCUUGUGGCGUUGGGGACAGCAAAAGCCUGCCUCACAGACAACCGAACCAAGAGAGAGAAAGAGCUCCAGGAAAACACAGACACUCUGAAAACAAAAAUGUCUGAGCUAAGGCUUUACUGUGACCUUCUCCUCCAGCAAGUGAACAAAAUACAAGAAAGUUCUGAAGUGGAGAUGGCAGCUGAUUCGGGGGAGGUAGGGGAUGAGACUGGAAAUCUAGUGAAGUCCACUUGCAGCACCUUCUUGAAGACCCUGGAGGAGUGUAUGCAGAUUGCUAGCCGGACCUUCAAUCCAAACCUUCUGAGUCUGACCCCUCCAGGCUCUCCUCCUGUGGCUACCAUCAAACCUCACAAGAUCAAACCUACUGAUCCAAGACAUCAGCACCCAGGAGAAAACAGGCGAAAGGACUUAAUCAACAUCUCAGGAACAUCAGCACAUGGGAGUGGACCAGAAAAUGAACCACCUCCAUCUCCUCAAGAAAACAUGCCUACAUCUCCUACAAAAAGUGGUUUAAUGGAGGAGAAGAGGGAGCCCAUGGAGCCUCGUAAUGGCUCUUCAUCAAGGACACAGGACCCUGAAAAAUCUGUAGGAGAGAAGGAAAUACCGACCCAAGAAAAACAAGAGGAAGUCUCACUGAGCCCCACACAAAACAAAGAAAAGGUCACUGAAGAAAUCCAGGCUGACCAGGAAGUGAAUGAGCCUCAGUCUGAGAAUAAACAGGAACAGGAAGAUAAGGUGGACACAUUCUUCAGUACCAUGAGCCACAGAUUUAGUGAUAUAAUACUGGAGGACGACAGUGGUAUUCCCACACAAGCCUUUUUGGAUUCUUGCUAUGCUAUAGUACCAGUUUUAGACAAGCUUGGACCAACUGUCUUUGCUCCAGUUAAAAUAGAUUUUGUGGGAAACAUUAAGAAAAUCCAGCAGAAGGUGGUGUCCGAUCCUGAGAGUUUCCCCACCCUGCAGAGCAUCGUGCUGCAUGAGGUGGAGACGGAGGUGACACAGGUGAGGAACUCGGCCACAGAAGCACUGCUGUGGCUUAAACGUGGACUCAAGUUCCUCAAAGAAUUUCUUUCUGAAAUCAAUACAGGGAUAAAGGAUGUCCAAGGAGCUCUUAAUAAUGCAUAUGGAAAGACGCUACGGCAAUAUCAUGGAUGGGUUGUUCGAGGUGUCUUUGCACUGGCUCUACGGGCUGCCCCAUCCUAUCAGGGCUUCAUGGCUGCUCUGGUUUCUCAUGAAGGCGAUGAGCUGAAGGAAGGCUUUACGACUGGCAUGCAUCGAGACCUAGACGUCUACCUGCCAGCCAUGGAGAAGCAGCUGUCCAUCCUGGAUGCUCUCUAUGAGGAGUAUGGCUUGGAAUCAGAUGACAUCGUGUGACUAAUCAAAUACACUUACACAGCGAACAGAGCUUGGUUCUGACGGAGCUCACCGGUUUCAGUGGUGAAAUUGUAACUCUUUCAUCCGCUGUGGUAACCGAGCCCGAAGUUAGUGUUGAAAACGGAGGUUUCUGUGAGGGCAGGGCUUGCAAAGCCUGACCAGUUAGAGUGUGUUGGAUAAUGUGGCAUAUGCAGAGUCCAAUAACAGUCAUCCCUGUGAAAUUUCAACAUGCGAGUCAAAAUAAUGCUAGCUGAGGAGUGCAGGGUGUGAUUCCAAGUGUUUCGGGGAAAAGGUAUAUUUUUAGAAACCUUCAGUGGCGUGAACAAGUGUUUUGUUGAAAUCGGUUGUAUGUUUUUCAUACACUUUUAGGCAUAAGAGUACAACAGCAGAUAAGCUGAAGAUAUUGUUUACCUGGCAGUGAAGCUGUUACUCGCAGUAUGCUUAUCUGCAAUACAACUGCACAUGUGCUUUUCUCCUAACUUCAAAUAUUGCAUUACUUUUAUACAUAUACUCACAUCUCGUUCAUUUUAGACUAGCACAAAACUAAGUUGUUAUUCAGAGGCUUUUGGGGAUUCAGAUCAACAUGCAGUGUGUUUAUAAAACCAAGUACUUACCUGAAGUAUACAGAUACUGUGGUGGACUAUUUUUUGCAGUGACAUAAUCUUAGUUUAAACACAUUCACAAUAACUCAAUUCAGCUUGGUGAGAGGGACCAAAGCAGGGUUUCUUCUUCAUGAUCUUGUGGAAAGAUUUCCUACUUUUAAGAACAUGUAGCUGUGGAUCUACAAAAGGAAAGAUGUUAUGAUAUGUUCUCAGUGACUUUAUUUAUUUACUUAUAUGAAUAUUAAUUUUAACUGUUGAUUUUUAUUGUAAGAAUCACACUAUGCCUAUUCUCAAAUCAUAUGAAUGAUACAAAUGUCUGCAUGUUGCAUUGCAUGGAUUAUGUUUUUAUAUUUUGACAAUAAUCUAGAUUUAGAUUACUAAAUGAUUCGCACAUAAUAUGAUGACGACUGUUCUCUUACGUUUACAUUUUUUUAAAAUUGAAUUCCACAAAGUUUUAAACUAAAAUACGACAAAGCUUUAUAAAUAUGCCUUCCUAGUAUUGUAAAUGUCAGGAUUGUAUGACUGUAUGACUUUCUUUUUCUGCUGAACACAAACGAUAUUUUGAAUUUUUUUGGUAAACAAAAAGUUAAGAAUAUAAAAGCAUGAAACAUUUCUCAAAAUAUGUUCUAUGUUCCAUAGAGGAUAUUAAGUCGUACAGUUUUUGAACAGCAUGGCGUCAACAAACCUAUAUGAGUGUAUUUUUUAUGUUGAACACAAAAGAAGA